AUGAUCUUCUCUGCAUCGACGUACUACUUAUCGGCGAUGAUCCAGUUCGACAUCACCGCGACGAUCUGGUUCCUACCGCGCCUCGCGAUGACCACUGCGCCCUCCGUCUCGCAGAUCCUGGCCUCGGGACAGAACUACACGUGCGAGGGCAGGACGCCAUGCCGCGCGGUGAUCCGCGGACUGCAGCCCAUCACGCAAUACGAUGUGUAUUACUGGUUCCGAAGCGAGGCCGGCGCGGAGCCCUUGACAUCCGUCUCGGAGAUGAUGCGUCGCCUGUACACGAUCGAUAUCGUUCCGUACAAUCUGGUGAUCGAGGCGGCGGGCGCGGACUACCGAAUGAUCACGGUGCUGGUGAAUAACGAGCAGCGCGGCGGAUAUGUGUGGUGCAAGGUCGGAGAGACGGAUGUGGUGCCGACUGCGGUCGAGUUGAAGACGACGGAGCCGCUGGUCUUGGAAGAAGGCCAGGAGAACGGCAAGAAGAUCAUCACGAACGUGUUCCCGAACACCACGUACUUCGGAUAUUGCUACGCGGAGGAUUUCUAUGGCGACGCCGCGGCGAACUCGAUCGCGUCGACGCGGUUCGAAGUGCGCACGCUGCUCGAGGAGGUCAGCUGGACGCUCCGACUCAACGCUUCGAUGACCGAAGUGGUCGUGGACGUGACUAUCAACCGCCACGGCGAGCUCUGCUGCCAGCUGGACGCGCAGCCCGGCGUGUGCGGCAAUGUCACAUCGAACGUUCCCUACUCGCUGCACAUCCCCGCGGAAGACGACCGCGAGUAUCUGGUGCAGUGCGUGAUGCACACGGAUUCGCUGCUGGAUUUGGUGCUGACCAACGCCUCCCACGUGAUUCGAACCCCGUCCAGACCGCCCGAGUUCUUCUUUGACGAGCCCGCUCCGCUGUACAACGCGGUGCUCCUCCCUCUGUUCUCCGACCGCUCCGCUUUCAUGUGGUGCCUCGUCGUGGAGCCCAGCUACACCAACAUGCCCUCUGUGGGCGACAUGAAGACUGGCCAGCGCUUCACCAUCGCGCGCGACGUGCUGAACGAGCUGCUCGUUACCGGGCUGCAGCCCGUUACCGAGUACCGCCUCUGGUGCUACGGAGAGACCUUCGAGGGGCUCGCCAUGGUCAAUCCCCGCGAGAAUCUAACGUGGGUCGUGGAGACGCUCACGAUCCCGCCGUCGCUGACCGUGCUGUCUUAUUCGGCCUCGGCGACGUCCGUGCGGCUCAGCGUGUCGCCCUCGAUCCCCGCGACCGUGCGGUGCUUGGCGCAGAGUCCGGAGGCGCCGGUGCCCUCCGCGGCGGCGUUCUACGGGAACGAGGGCGUGUGGAUCGAGACGAUCGGGGAGGUGGAGGUGACGGGGCUGACGGAGGACACGGACUACGCGGCGUACUGCAUGGCGUGGGACGUGCACAACCAAACGAUGACGACGCCCGUGGCGGACACCAAGCAGCUGUUCCGCACGCCGCUGGACCGCCACUCGAUCUUUGUGACCUUCGUGACCAUGCAGGAGCUCACCGCCACCAUCUCCAUCGUGUCCUCAGCGGACGCCACGGCGUGGUGCAUGCCCGUGCACGAGAACGACGUCGUUCCCGUCGCCAGCACGCUCAAAACCGCGGGGCAGAGCGUCCAUCUGGUCGCCAACGCGCCGGUGCAGAUGACAUUCGAGAACCUGGAGCCGGAUUACGCCUACGCGGCGUACUGCUACUCGGAGAGCGAGCGCGGGCUGGCGCAGCAGGGCGAGAUCGCGGAUACCCGCGUGACGUUCCACUCGCUGAACUACCCCGUGAUUUUAGUGACGAUGGCCUCGGUGUCCUCGAAGACGUUCGAGAUCGACCUCACCAGCUCCACGAACGGCACCAUCGUGUGUCGCGCACGCGUGGAGGAGCCUAACAACCUCCCGCCCACGGAGGAGUGGAUCCAGGCGGGACAGUCGAUCUUCAUCCCGCAGCCCUCCAUCGUGAACUACAUGACCGUCCAGGGCCUGCAGCCCUCCACGCCCUACCAGCUCUACUGUCUCGGCAUCAACGACGAUGGCGUCGUGGGCCUGCAGAGCCUCGCCGAUCGCAUGCUCAACGCCACCACCGCGGCGGACGUCGUGGGCCCCGCGGUGCUGCUGUCGACGGACCCCGACGAGUACAUCCUGCCCGCCCAGCCGGUGAACGUGACCGUGCGCUUCUCCGAGACCGUGCAGAGCUUCGACGUCGCCGACCUCGUGCUGGACAACUGCCGCAUUCUCGCGCACCAGGCGGUCACCAGCCAGCUCAGCUACCUCUCCGUCGCCCCGCUCACGCACGGCAUCUUCUCCAUCACCGUCCCCGCGGGGAAGGUCUUCGAUCUCUACGGAAACGGCAACUCCCAGCAGGUGCUGGCGCGCACCUAUCCGGAAGGCGUGCUGAGCGCGUCGCUGCGGACGGUGGCGCCGCUCUACGCGACGCUGGCGGUGCGGUACACCUACCCUGCGAACGUGACGUGCGUGGCGCUGCCCGCCGCGCUGCCGCCGAGCUCCUGCGCGGCGCUGCAGGCCUCGCCGGACGCGGUGUGGGCGGAAGUGGCCGGCGGCGUGGAGGAGGAGCUGGUGCUGCAGAACAUCGCGGUGAACAGCACGUUCUACGCGUACUGCUGCGCGGAGGAGGCGAACGAGCUCGUGAGCGGGUCCAUCGGCAGCACGGAGGUGCAGAUCGUGGUGGACUGGCUGGACUGUCCGCGCAACGGCUCGCUGGUGUGCAACGGACAGGGCGUCUGCAGCGAUGGCGAGUCGUGCGCGUGCGCGCAGGGCUUCUACGGAGCGGUGUGCGAGGCGUCGUGUCCCGGACUGCUGCGAGCGUCCGGCGCGAGCGACGCGCACGAAUGCCGCGGACACGGCGUGUGCCAGACGGACUCGUUCGUCUGUGUGUGCGAGGAGGGCUUCGAGGGCCCCGACUGCACCGCGCAGCGCUUGGAGGCGGCGGUCCCCGCGGAAGGGUACCGCUUCGUGUUCGCGAAGCUGCGGAUCGCCGCCAGCGAGGCGGCGGAAAGCGAGUUUGAAGUCCAGGAGAACCAGCUCGCUCUGCUCUCCGUGCUGGCUUCGACGUUCAGUUUGGAGCGCAACGACAUGCGUGUGGAGCGAUGGGACCAGACGCUCCCCGCGGGGCGCCGCCUGGCCGAUGAAACGCUCGUGAAUGCCACGUGCGUGCUGAAUGUGCAGGAAUCGAAGGCGCAGUCCGUGAAGGACGGUUUGAACGACCCGGCCGUGCUGAGCCAGCUGGGCGAGGAUCUGAAUUCCCGCGGUUUUGCGAAUGACGGCGUGUCGCUGGAGCAGGUGAUCGUGCUGUCCCCCGCGGAAACGGACCCGUACACGUGCUACGACGGCGAACGGAGCGAGGGCGAGAGCGACGUGGACUGCGGCGGCGUGUGCUUGUCGAAGUGCGGCGUGGGGAAGCGGUGCGAAAUCGACGCGGACUGCGCGUCUGCGCUGUGCGAGGAGGGCGUGUGCGCGAAGAAGUCGCUGGGCGCGGGGUGGAUCGUGCUGAUCGUGCUGCUGGCGGUGCUGCUGGUGUGCAUCGUGGCGCUGAUUGGUUUGAUGGUCGUGUCGCGACGACACGAGAAGAAGAAGGGCAAGGCGAUGCGGGAGGAGAUGGACAAGCAGUUGCGCGAGAAGCAGAGGGUCUUCGCGGCGUGGGAGGAGAGAGACAUGGAGCAGGAGAAGGAGCUGGAAGAGCAGCAGAGGAAUUUGAAGGAGCUGGAGCUGACGACGCAGAAGAAAAUGCAGGAGAGGGGAAUUCUGGUGGGGAUGGCGCCGAUGAACAUGGAGAACGACGAGGAAGCGGCGCUGCAGAGGGCGGAGAAUGGCGAGGCGUAUCAGCGAGUGAUCGAGAUGCCGCGGUGGAACGAUCCGCAUGAAGCGGUGAUGAGAGAAGUGGGCGAAAUCGAACAAGAGAGAAACAAGGGCGGGCAGAGCUCAGUGCAGCCCAUCGAGCCCAUCGAGCCCAUCGAGCCCAUCGAGCCCAUCGAGCCCAUCGAGCCCAUCGAGCCCAUCGAGCCCGUUGAAAUUGCUCAGCCAAUGAAUGUGAAUGGACCCAUCGAGCCUGUUGAGCCGCCCGUUGAGCCGCCCGUUGAACAGCCCAUUGAACAACCCGUUGAACAACCCAUCGACCCCGUUGAACCCAUUGAACAGCCUGCUGAACAGCCUGCUGAACAACCUGUUGCUCCUGCUCAGCCCGUUGAACAACCUGCUGAACAAACGAAUGCAAUUGGGAAUGCAGCGGCUCAGCCGAACGAUCCGGCAAGGAACCCAGUGAAUUUGACAAGGCUAAGAAUAUGUGAUUCCAAAUAG